UGUGGGACUCGAGAGUUCCGCUUUGUCCGAUCAAAGAAUUGUCUGACCACGUCUGGAGUCAACAUUGCGCCGCGAAGGACCUGCCGGCUUCACGGGGGUUCGAUCAUUUAACUGCCAGUUCCCGGCCCUUGGUGGCUGGUAGAUAGAACAAGUUGUGAAUCUGGUAUCAAUUGUUUGCCAAGAUGGGCGCACCAAUCCUCGCAUCGGCCGCUCAUGCCAUUCCGGCCCUCGAAAACGGCAGCCAUGGCCUGGAUGAAGCCAUCGUUUCUAGGGACACCAAGGGCGGCCGGAGGCUGUGGUAUCGCAUGAGAGUUAUCCAGCAGCCUGAGCGCGCGAGAGCCUGCGGGUCCGGCCCGAAGUCAUCCGCCGACCGCCGCCCUGUCGAUCCGCCUCCCGUGGUGGAACUGCGUAUCUACGAAGGUCAGACGUGGGAGCUGGCGCAGGAGAAGGACAUCACCUUUGUCUACAAUGCCAACUUCUUCCUCUUCGCCACGCUGGAGCAUGCCCGCAUCUUGGCUCAUGCUCGCGGCACGGCAUCCUCCACUAACACGCCGCCCGUGCUCACCGGCAUGCCAGUCUCGGGCAUGGCGUAUCUGGACCGGCCGUUGGAGGCCGGUUACUUCCUCUUCCCGGAUCUGUCGGUAAGGCACGAAGGCCGCUACAAGUUGACUUUCAACUUGUACGAGGAAACCAAGGAGGACAAGGACAGAGACAAGGAUUGCGACAGCGGAAGCCAUCCGCCCAUCGCCGGCCUGAACCCCGCCACCGGCGGCUCAUUUGACUUCCGCAUGGAGGUCAAGUCGCAAGAAUUUGUCGUCUACAGUGCUAAGAAGUUCCCGGGUCUCGCCGAGAGCACCGCGCUCAGCCGUGUGGUUGCGGAGCAAGGCUGCCGCGUCCGGAUCCGCCGUGACGUGAGAAUGAGGCGCCGCGACGGCAAGCCAACUGGGGACUAUGACAACGCCGAGGACGAAUAUAACCGCAGGAGGAGAACGGCCACGCCCGACAAUCGCAACGACUACAACCGCGCGCGGUCGAUGAGCGGCAGCACGGAGCGCACACCAUAUCCGGCAGACUCGCAGCGCCGCCCGUCCGUGGCCGAUUACCCGCCGCAAUACGGCCAGAACCCACCGUCCGGCGGACAUCUGCAGUUCCUCGGCGGGAACUCGAGCUCGCAGUACCCUGCAGCACCUCCCCAAUCAUACGCGCAGCCGCCCUCUGUUCCCGCCUCCCCGGUGUAUCCUCCAGCUCAGAGUACUUCCUCCUAUCAGAUGCAGUCUUCAUAUCCCGCCCCGCCCCCGCCGCCAGCGGCAACGACACCAAGAUCGCAGAGCAGGGAGCGGACGCCCUCGCAGUCGCCGUAUGCUCCGAUCAAUCCGGCGCCGCCGCGCCGCGACAGCAUCCACACCGAAUACCGCCCCUCUGGCCCCGUUCAGCUCCCACCACUCCCUCCUCCGCCGUUCCACCCUCCGACGCCGAAACAAGCGCAUAUGCCGCCGCCACACCAGCACCAGGUCCUCCCGCCGCUUCAGAUCGACACGAACCACAGCAACAAUACCAGCCGCCUCCCGAUACCGAGCCCAACAAGCCUGGCCAACGUCCCCCGCACGCUCGCCCCUCUGGCUCCUCUCAUUCACCCCACCAACAGCAGCAGCAGCAACGGCCCCCUGCACCCGUCGUCGCUCCCUCCGGCGCCUCAGUACGCGGGAACCAAGCGAGCACACGAUCGAUCGUUCCGGCAGGACUCGGAGCAAUCACGAUACCAAGAUGGCGCACGCGAGAAGGCCACAGCAGAAGAUGUUGCUGGGGAUGUCAUGUGCAUGUCGUUCAUGCGCGCCGAUGGCACCAAGAAGAGCGCCAGCUCCUUACCGUUCUAAAGGGCGAUUCGGCGGCAGUCGUGAAUCGACUUCGGAGUGUCACACACUCUUUAUUUUUUUUCGUGUCUCGCUUUUCACCCCUUAUAUUUCCAUGCU